AUGGCGCGGACAUGGUCAGGUCGUAGUUUGUCCGAUAUUCUUCUUCCUCCAAUCCCAAAACGCGAAAAACUCGGUCGGUACAGUUGGCUGUUCGACAUAGUUCGCUACAAGGGCAGCCUUAGGAUCGGUCGCCUGGGCAUUGGACACUUCUUGGAACAGAUAACUGGCCGAAUAUUCGGUCCUGUUUUGACCUGCACGCUCUUCGCGACUGUGGUGGCGGUUCUUUACAUCACUUAUGACUAUAAAGUACAACUUACCAAUCAGGUUGUUCCAUUGCUGUCAGUCGUUGUUGGCUUGAUCCUGGUGUUCAGGAAUGGGUGGUGGGUUGACUAUGUUAUCGCGCCCGGUGCACCACUGAGCUCUUUGUGUAGGUAUGAAGGAAGUAAGGACUGGGAGGCCACUGUCUCUCAUACCCGUAAUGUCUCGCGUCAAAUAUGGGUUUUUGUUACUUUACCACCGCCUGAGCGCAAGUCGAUACUUACAAAGGACUCGCUUCGGGAGCUGAAGAUCCGGGCUCUGAGGCUCAUUGUUGCUUUUCUCUAUGCAACGAAGCACCAUCUACGAGACGAGCCUGGCAUUGAUUAUGAAGAUUAUCAGGGAUUAUUUCCUGAUGGCUUUUCGACGUACCUUCAAACCUCUAUCGUCACGGGGUCGCAGGGCUCCUCUCCCAGUGGAGGCAACACCCCCAAUCGCGUGACCCGUCCUCGAGUCACGAAUGUAGGCACAUCAAAGACGGUUGUCGAGGAGCGCACCCCUUUACUGAACGGGCAAAGUCAUAUUAUUCACUUCCAUGAGUAUCCAGCGACGCAACCGCUGCCCCUUCCCCUUAUUAUCGCACAUGAGAUCAGCUGCCUGCUGCACUACUUCCAAUUGCAAGGGUGUCUUGCUGCUGUUGGACCCGCGGGCGCAAAUGCCCUAAGCGGCAUGAUUCAAGGAAUGGUCAGUCAAUUUGCGAAGAUGGAACGGGUUUGCAACACUCCAAUUCCAGAUUCUUACGGGAUACAUCUGAAACAGUGUGUAACGCUCUAUUUGUUCACUUUGCCAUUCACACUCGUUGCGGAUCUUCGAUGGUUUAUGAUACCUGUCGUGACAGUGGUUAGUUUCACUUUGAUGGGCAUUGAGGGCAUCGCCGAUGAAAUUGAAAUGCCCUUCGGCACCGACCACUACGAUCUUCCCCUUGAUCGUAUCUGCGGUGAAAUCAGAGGGGAGGUGGAAUACAUCAUCGAAAGAAUGCCAGAAGGCGGACUGGACUAUAGGAUAUGA